CGGAGCAGCUGGCGAGCCUGCCCCUGCCAGGCGGAGCAGGCAGUGCCGGGCCACCGGCGGCAGCCGCCAAAGAUGUGCCCCGCUCGGGCGCUCCCGCGCUGAGUGUGAGGCCAGCCCGCCAGCGCCUGCCUGCCAUGUCUCAGCUGCUGCACAUCGAGAUCCCCAACUUCGGGAGCACCGUGCUCGGCUGCCUCAAUGAGCAGCGCCUGCUGGGCCUCUACUGCGAUGUGUCCAUCGUGGUCAAGGGCCAGGCCUUCAAGGCCCACCGCGCCGUCCUGGCCGCCAGCAGCCUCUACUUCCGCGACCUGUUCAGCGGCAACAGCAAGAGCGCCUUCGAGCUGCCGGGCACCGUGCCGCCCGCCUGCUUCCAGCAGAUCCUGUCCUUCUGCUACACGGGCAGGCUGACCAUGGCGGCCAGCGAGCAGCUCGUGGUCAUGUACACGGCCGGCUUCCUGCAGAUCCAGCACAUCGUGGAGCGCGGCACCGACCUCCUGCUCAAGGGGGAGCGGACCAGUCCGGGCGCCAGCAGCCUGCCCACCACCGACAGCCCUACCUCCUACCACAACGAGGAGGACGAGGAGGAUGACGAGGCCUACGACACCAUGGCGGAGGAGCAGUACGGCCAGAUGUACAUCAAGGCCGCCGGCAGCUACGCAGUGCAAGAGAAACCGGAGCCUGUGCCCCUGGAGAGCCGUUCCUGCGUCCUCAUCCGCCGCGACCUGGUGGCCCUGCCCGCCAGCCUCAUCAGCCAGAUCGGGUACCGCUGCCACCCCAAGCUCUACUCAGAAGGGGACCCCGGCGAGAAGCUGGAGCUGGUGGCAGGCUCCGGGGUCUACAUCACACGCGGUCAGCUGAUGAACUGCCACCUCUGCGCAGGGGUGAAGCACAAGGUCCUACUGCGACGGCUCCUCGCCACCUUCUUUGACAGGAACACGCUGGCCAACAGCUGCGGCACCGGCAUCCGCUCGUCCACCAGCGACCCGAGCCGCAAGCCUCUGGACAGCCGGGUCCUGAACGCCGUGAAGCUGUACUGCCAGAACUUCGCCCCCAGCUUCAAGGAGAGCGAGAUGAAUGUGAUCGCGGCGGACAUGUGCACCAACGCCCGCCGCGUCCGCAAGCGCUGGCUGCCCAAGAUCAAGUCCAUGCUGCCCGAGGGCGUGGAGAUGUACCGCACGGUCAUGGGCUCCGCGGCCGCCGGCGCGGCCCUGGACCCCGACUUCCCGCCCGCCGCGCAGGUGUUCGAGCAGCGCAUCUACGCGGAGCGGCGGGGCGACGCCGCCACCAUCGCGGCCUACGCGGGGACCUUGUAG